AAGUAGCCUUAGGACAGGACAGCAGCAAGGACAGAGGGACGAGACCCUGGGGACCGGAGGUGACAACUUCUGCAAACAGAGGUCGGGCUGCCUGCGGAGGGUUUGGGGCUGUGGGGAGAGGCUGCCAGCGAGGAAGAGGAGGAGGCCAGAGGGAAGCAACGGUGGCCAAGACAUCCUGCGGGGGCCCGGCGGCUCGGGGCUUAAGGGAUGCCUCGGAACCCCUGGCAACACUCCUCUCCUUUCUGUCUCCAAAGUUUGCCUCUUCUGGAUAUUUCCCAGUCCCUGCCUGUCAAAAUGCCCAUCCUGAAGAGCCUAGGGGUGGCAGACUCCAAGGUGCCCCGGGCGGGGACCCUACCCCUGAGGUCCUCUCGGAACCCCUUUGAGGAAGUUCCAGGGCUGGAAGAGGAGGAAUCUGGAGAGUUGGGGAGCCUGCCCAAUGGGACAUCUUGUGGCCGCCGUGCCACCCUGGAGAAGCUGGCCGGCCUGGCUCCCUUCCGGCUGGGCUGGACUCCCGGCCGGCGGGCGGGCAGCCCAGGGAACGGGCAGCCCCGCUCUUUCCUGGGCCGUGUGCUGAGCCCGGGGAUCCGCUGUAGCUCGGCAGAUUUUGGCCUCCUGGCCAGGCUGCAGGGGAUCCGAGCCCAGGGAGACGAGGAGGCGGCUGGGGAGGCCGCCCGGAGGCUGGCCUUCCUGAGACUGGGGCGCGGGCCCAAGCCCCGGCGGGCAUCCCUGGCUGAGAGGGUGGUACCUGCAGGCGAGGCGGCUCCAGAGCCCCCGCCCCAGGUCCCGGAGCCCCCAAAGGUGAAGGAGCCAUUGUCAGUGCUGGAGAUCCUGAGCCUGAUCCAGCAGCGCGAGCUCGCGCGGGCCGACGAGCACAUCUUGGAGCUGGAGGCCGAGGAGCUGGCGUCGUCGGGGUGCGGCGUGCCGGGGCCGCCCAAGGCCGAGGGCGCGGCCGGGGGCCGCCGGGCGCGGGACGUGGCGCUGCUGUACGAGGCCCUGCAGCGCGAGCUGUGGGCGCUGGUGCGCGAGACGCUGGCGGGCCCCGGGCCGGGCGCGGGCGCCGGGGCGGGCGCCGUGGCGCAGCUGGGCCAGGUGCUGGUGCAGGAGGAGGCGGCCGACGGGCGCCGGGGCCCCGGGGCGGCCCGCAAGCUGCGCGCCCGCUGGGCCGAGGCGGUGGCGCGCGCGGCGAGGGAGCGUCUGGAGGCGGCGGCGCCCGGGGCGCCCGGGGGCCUGGCCGGGCAGCUGGAGGCGCUGCGGGCGCGGCUGCUGGAGGACAUGGGCGUCGUGCGGGGCCGCCUGGCGCCCGCCUACCCCGCCGGCCUGGGCGCCUUCAGCGUCUACCUGCGCGGCUACCACGGCGCCCUGGCCGAGUGGCUCGCGGUGGCCGCCCGCCGGAGGCUCCCGCUGGCCGACCGCUACGCGCUGCUGCACUGGCACAACCAGGUGUACCCCAGAGAGGUCCUAGGGUUGGUGGACGUGGUCGCCCUGGAGAACGGGGAGCUGGGGCCCCUUCUGUCCCCUGGCACCCUGCGGGGCUUGGAGGAUGAAUGCGUCACCGAUGUUAAGGCUCAGACGCGGGCAGCCCUGCUUCGCGUGCUGCAGGAGGAUGAGGAACACUGGGGGAGCCCCGAGGACCAGCCCAGCAGCCUGGCCCAGGAUGUGUGUGAGCUGCUGGAAGAGCACACGGACCAAGCACCCCGCAUCAGCCAGGAGUUUGGGGAGCGGAUGGCCCACUGCUGCCUGGGGGGGCUGGCAGAGUUCCUGCAGAGCUUCCAGCAGCGCGCGGAGCGAUUCCACGAGAAUCCAGGAGUCCGGGAGCUGCCACCGGACACCUAUGUCAGCAGGACCAUCUCGCUGGUCAAUUGCGGGCCCCCCCUGAGGGCCCUGGCGGAGCGCCUGGCCCGGGUGGGGCCCCCCGAAAGUGAGCCAGCCCGGGAAGCAGCGGCCAGCGCUCUGGACCGAGUGACCCGACUCUGCCACCGCGUCCUGGCUGACCUGCUGUUCCAGGAGCUGCAGCCCCACUUCAACAAGCUGAUGCGCCGGAAGUGGCUGAGCAGCUCGGAGGCCCUGGAUGGCAUCGUGGGCACGCUGGGCGCUCAGGCCCUGGCACUACGCAGGAUGCAGGACGAGCCCUACCAGACGCUGGUGGCCGAGCUGCACCGGCGGGCGCUGGUCCAGUACGUGCGGCCGCUGCUCCGCGGGCGCCUGCGCUGCCGCUCGGCGCGGACCCGCAGCCGCGUGGCCGGGAGGCUCCGGGAGGACGCAGCGCAGCUCCAGAGGCUCUUCAGGCGGCUGGAGUCCCAGGCCUCCUGGCUGGACGCCGUGGUGCCCCACUUGGCCGAAGUCCUGCAGCUGGAAGACACGCCCAGCAUCCAGGUGGAAGUGGGGGUGCUGGUGCGGGACUACCCAGACAUCAGGCGGAAGCACGUGGCGGCCCUCCUUGACAUCCGUGGCCUUUGCAACACAGCCGCCCGCCACGAGAUCCUGGCGGUGGCCCGGGACCUGGAACUGUCUGAAGAGGGAGCCUCGUCACCCCCCCGCGACCGGGUCUUCUUCGCUGACAUCCCCGUGCCCCGCCCGCCUUUCUGCCUCAGCCUCCCUCUCGUCCUGGGCCGCCUCCCCCUCUCCCGGCUGGCCAGGCCCAGCUUGGCCUGUCUGCCCCGGCCCCGGUCCCCCUCUGCAUCCCGGCCCCGGGCCCAACGCUGAGAUGCCCCCAGCAACCUCCCCGCCUCAGUGCCUCCCCCGUCUUUGCUGCUGACAAACCGCCCUCCUGGACGGCCCCUUACUGACUCGGUGCCCGGGACCACAGAACCCCCGGGAUGAAAAGUUCCUUUGAGGUCCCCUCGCCCAUCGCUCCCCAUGCAGAAGAGAAACAGAAGCCAGAGGGAGCAGAGACUUCCCCAAGGCCACGAAACUCGUCCUUAGCACCUCCUCCCCAGCCCAGCGUGUGGUGGGUAGCAUUUUGGAAGACUCUAGAAAUAUCCCGGCCCCCCCCCUUCCCCUCCCUUCAAGGUCUGGCCCCACUCCAAUGUAUUAAAAAAUGUACGAUACUUAGAAUAAAGAGG